GAUUGCUACGAUGAGCUCUUGCCAACAUCUCGAAGGGGAAUUUACUGUCCAGUCGAAGAACUGCCAGUAUAAUGCGGACACCAUUAUUUCGGACUACACGUACGAGACGACGAUUGUCGAAGGCAACGUUGUCAAGCCGGUAAAGAGUAAGAUGAAAUUUCGUACAGAGCGGAAGGUGCCUAAGCUUGGCGUCAUGCUUGUUGGAUUAGGUGGUAACAACGGAUGUACGUGCGUUGCCGGUGCCAUAGCCAACAAGCUUGGUAUGACUUGGGAAACCAAAGAAGGAAAGUUAAAGGCCAACUACUGGGGCAGCGUAAUGAUGGCUUCCACGGCGAAGAUUGGAAACGAUACGCAUGGUAAUGCUGUCUACACACCAUUGAGGAACAUGCUCCCAAUGGCAAACCCCAACGAAAUUGUCUGGGGUGGUUGGGACAUCAACGGCAUGAACCUCGGCGAGGCGAUGAAACGGUCCAAAGUUCUUGACAUUGAUCUGCAGAAUCAGCUCUACCCUCAUAUGAAGAACAUUACGCCGUUACCUUCCGUCUAUUUCUCGGAUUUCAUUGCCGCCAACCAGGGCGAGCGUGCCAACAAUGUGAUCAAGGGCACCAAACAAGAGCAAUUGGACCAGCUUCGCAACGAUAUUCGUAAUUUCAAGACAAACAAUGGACUUGAUAAGGUCAUUUUGCUAUGGACAGCCAACACCGAGCGCUUCGCCAGUAUCGAGGAGGGCGUCAAUGAUACCGCCGACAAUCUUUUGGAAAGUAUUAUGCGUGGCGAGGCCGAAGUUAGCGCCUCGACCGUCUUUGCCGUGGCCUCAAUCUUGGAGGGUAGCACCUUUAUCAAUGGUUCGCCCCAGAACACUUUUGUUCCGGGAGUCCUUGAGCUUGCUCGUCAGCAUAAGGUUUUCAUUGCCGGUGACGAUUUCAAGUCGGGUCAGACGAAGAUGAAAUCCGUUCUUGUUGAUUUCCUCGUUUCUGCUGGUAUUAAGCCGGUUUCCAUUGUCAGCUACAACCACCUGGGGAAUAAUGACGGGAAAAACCUGAGCGCUCCGAGUCAAUUCCGUUCCAAGGAGAUUUCCAAGUCAAACGUUGUCGAUGAUAUGGUCGCGUCCAACCGCAUCUUGUUCGAAGAGGACGAGCACCCUGAUCAUGUUGUUGUCAUCAAGUACGUUCCGUACGUCGCUGACUCCAAACGUGCCAUGGAUGAAUACACGUCGGAGAUUUUUAUGGGUGGUAAAAACACUAUUGUCAUGCAUAAUACUUGCGAGGAUUCGUUGCUCGCUACUCCGCUAAUUUACGACCUUGUCAUUCUGGGAGAGUUAUGUGAGCGUAUCACUGUCAAGAAAGAAGGUUCUGAGGAUUGGGAGGCUUUCCAUCCUGUUCUUUCUCUACUUUCUUACAUGCUCAAGGCUCCUUUGGUCCCUAACGGGGCCCCCGUGGUCAACGCGCUCUUUACGCAACGCGAGGCAGUUAUAAACGUCAUGCGUGCGUGCCUCGGGCUCGGCCCGAACAAUCAUAUGACCUUGGAGCAUCGUUUUGAGAGUAGUCUCAAAGAGCUACAAGAAGCUGCUAAGGACGCCAACAAGAAGCGCCGAUUGAACUAG